GGCGUCACAUCCGGGAAAAGGUCGAAAAAACGAUACCACGAAGAGAUACAAACGUAGAAGGAACGGCCGUCUUUUGCGCGAAAAUAUCAUCGUACAUGGGACACCGAACACAUUAAUUAAACACUUUUUCAUAUAAUUGUUAUAUUGGGAAUAUUUAAAGAUGUCUGAAGAGUUGGUAAAGCAGUUGAGCAAUUAUAAAGCUCAGCUGCAGCAGGUGGAGGCGGCACUCUCUACAGAUCCAGACAAUGAAGAUCUGCGUAAACUGCAGAAGGAUCUCCAGGAGGUGAUUGAGUUGACUAAAGACCUGUUGACAUCACAGCCUGUGGAGGGUACGACCAGUACAAAAAGCUCAGAGACAGUCGCUCCCACUCACAGCUGGAGGGUCGGAGACCAUUGCAUGGCCACCUGGAGCCAGGACGGACAGUUGUAUGAGGCGGAAAUUGAAGAGAUUGACAGCGAGAAUGGCACGGCAGCCAUCACCUUCGCUGGCUACGGCAACGCAGAGGUGUUGCCACUUCAUGUGCUCAAAGAAGUGGAGGAGGGCAGGAGCAGGGAAGAGAAGGACGGAAAGCCCAAAUCCAAGAAAGAGCUGCUGGCAGAACAGAGGGAAUAUAAGAAGAAAAAAGCCCAGAAGAAGGUGCUGCGCAUGAAGGAGCUGGAGCAAGAGAGAGAAGUUCAGAAGUCCAAGUGGCAGCAGUUUAACAAUAAAGCCUAUUCAAAAAAUAAGAAAGGACAGGUGAAGAGGAGUAUAUUUGCAUCUCCAGAGAGUGUGAAUGGAAAGGUUGGCGUCGGCACGUGUGGUAUCGCAGAUAAACCCAUGACCCAGUACAAUGACACUUCAAAGUAUAAUGUCAGGCACCUAAUGCCCCAGUGAUCUCCCUUGUGUCUGUGACCAUCUGUAAUCAUCCACCAUAAAAAAUGAAACGAACUGAAACCCACUUAGAAGUCAUAAACAAAUCGGAUUGGACAUGAUAUGAAUAUAGUAACACAUUUCCCCCUUGUUUUAUUUGCAGUAAUAGUGGGUAUUUAGUCUGUGGAUGUUGGAGCUGUUCUGUACUGAACGAGUCUCUGGAUGUUCAACAGUCCUCAGUGAAGGACAGCUCCUGGUUAGUUUUACUGGUUCUCCUCAUGCUCUCAGGUCGAGUCUCUGCACGAGCUGCUGAGGAUGGAAACUGCUCUAUAGUUUUUAUGAUGUGUUGAACAAAUGCAUAUGGAAAGCUCUGGCCGCCCUCAUACACCUUUGACUGGUGUUGUUGAACAGAUUAACAGAUUGUUUUGCUGUCUUCACCUCUGUGUCUAAUAAGCAUUCUACUGCAGGCCAUUUGUUGUUACAUUUGCUUUUCAGUUUUGUAUAUUUACAUAUUUGAGAGGAAUAAACAUUGAUUUCUUGA